GCUACUGGAAAAAUGCCUCCUUCUCAGUCAGGUCUGGAUUGAAUUGAAUUGACUUGAUAUCAGAACAGAAACCAUAAUCCUGUUUCUUUGAACUCACUGAAAUGGGAGGCCUAUGAUGCAUACACGUUUGUGGUAUCUUAAUUACAAUAUUUCACAUAUUUUGCAAUCUGGGAGAAAAAGGUAAAUUGUACAUAUCGUUCAGAUCUUUUAUUUAGCAGCUUGGUAUUUGAAGAUCUUUUCUUUGCAGCUUCUUUUUUUCCAGCAAUUUUGUUCAACUUUUCAUUUUGUCAGACAUACCACAGAAAUGGUCUGGUCUGCAUCUCUCGCUGUCACCUGGUUCAUUGUUUCAGUUGAAUGGGGUAUGGCCUCUAAAGGGCCUUGCUUCUGGUCAAGAAGACAUAGCUUCUCUUGCCUCCAGUGGCCCAAUCUGGUUUUUCUGUUGCCCCUACAAAGUUGGAAAGGUCUCUCACUUCUCACUUAGUUAGUUCUUCUGAUAUUCUUUUGGGGAAGCUUCGUUCCUGGGCAGUGUGAGCACUGACCUCUUUGAGGCUGGCUGCUAAGGAAACCUGCGGCCGGCCUGUCUCUGAGAGUCAGUCUCGCUACCAUUCGUUCUGCAUCUGUGUCUAUAUUCUCUGGGCUGUUCCCGGGCCAACAUUCAUUCGUUUUGUUUGGGUUCUCUCUGGCCUGCCUGUAUUGUCUGCUAGCCUGUUUUCUCCACUGUUUGGGGUCUGUUUUCUUAGGCAUACCUGUGGCUCCAGCUUGUCACUCAGCUGCUGUGCAAGAGAAGACUGAAUAAGAUUUAAAACCAGGGAAAAGGAAAUCACUAGUCUUGUCGUAGGUGACCCAGAGACAGGGCUAUUGUCACUCAUGGCUCUUUUCACUUUCCUUAGCUCGGCCUGCCCCCCCAGGGUCUUGCCCUUCCCCAGGAUGGACCCCCAGGAAACCAGGUCCUGGCAGGCCCUCUUGAGAUCCUUGAGGCCCAGCAUGACACACUACAGGACUUGAACCCCUGCUGCUGCCUUCCAUCCCUCUGCUGUCCUCCUCAGAGUCUACCAAGAAACGGGAUUCAGUGACAUUUGAUGACGUGGCCCAGUACCUCACAAAAAAGGAGUGCCUGAGACUGGACGCUGAGCAGAGGACACUGGCAUACUACAGGAAUGUGAAGUCCAUGGGCACUGAGGAGUGUGAACAGGCAGAAAGGGAGGACCAGCUCUUCACAACAAGUCCCUGGCACUCCACCCAGCAGGAGUUCCUGUUUUGAUUGCCGCCUGGCUCCUCACCUGGUACAAGGCCACGUGGUGCUGGCAUCUGAGCCAUCCCUGAACACAGACUGAGAGUACAGUGUCUUGCGGUGCCCGUCUCCAAAAGCAUCUUGGUGACACAACAGCAGAGAAUGGGUGAAGACGCUCAGCCCCAGGAGAUGGCAUCCACCAGCUCCCCGAUGGCCGGUGCACCCAGCCCUGAGGGCAAACAGAGCAGAGACUUGGAGGGGAGUGGGGGGAGCCCCCAGAACCUGCCCAUAGAACAUCACUUUGCAUGUAAGGAGUGUGGGGAUGCUUUUCGGCUCAAGGUCCUCCUUGUGCAGCACCAGAGAAUUCACAGCGAGGAGAAGGGCUGGGAGUGUGGCGAUUGCGGGAGGGUCUUCAGGGGCGUCUCUGAGUUCAACGAGCACCGGAAGAGCCACGUGACUGCAGAGCCCCAGCCGGGUCCCAGCCGAACGCCGGAAGAUGCCAUGGAGGAAAGGGAGCAAACGGAGAGGGAGGCGAAGCCCUUCGAGUGUGAGGAAUGUGGGAAGAGAUUCAAGAAGAACGCGGGCCUCAGUCAGCACCUGCGCGUCCACAGCAGAGAGAAGCCGUUUGACUGCGAGGAGUGUGGGCGGUCCUUCAAGGUGAGCACCCACCUCUUUCGCCAUCAGAAGCUCCACACUUCCGAAAAGCCGUUCGCCUGCAAGGCAUGCGGCAGGGAGUUCCUGGAUCGCCAGGAGCUCCUCAAGCACCAGCGCGUGCACACCGGCCACCUGCCCUUCGACUGUGACGACUGUGGCAAGUCCUUUCGGGGUGUCAACGGCCUGGCCGAACACCAGCGCAUCCACAGCGGGGCCAAGCCCUACGGGUGUCCCCACUGCGGCAAGCUCUUCCGGAGGAGCUCGGAGCUCACCAAGCACCGCCGGAUCCACACGGGAGAGAAGCCCUACGAGUGUGGCCAGUGCGGCAAGGCCUUCCGGCAGAGCUCCAGCCUCCUGGAGCACCAGCGCAUCCACACCGGGGAGCGGCCCUAUGGCUGUGGCGACUGCGGCAAGGCCUUCCGGGGGCCCUCCGACCUGAUCAAGCACCGGCGGAUCCACAGCGGACUGAAACCCUACGAGUGUGACAAAUGCGGGAAGGCCUUCCGGCGGAGCUCCGGCCUGAGUCGCCACCGGAGGACCCACAGCGGAGCGAGACGCUGCGAGUGCAGCGAGUGUGGCCGCGUGUUCAAGAGGCGGGCGGCACUGCAGAAGCAUCAGCCAACCCACCAUGACUAGACGAGGCCCCGAGGCCCACGGCCCCACGGCCCCAAGGCCGGCGGCGGCUUCCCGCAGGGGGGCAAGUCCCUAGAGGGGAGGGCAGAGUCAAAGGAGAUGACCAGUUUUGUAGCACUUAUGUCUGUUCUCGUCCGGAAGGUUGAACCCAAUUUAUACCGUCACCAGCAAUUUAUAAGUGCACACGUUUCCCAUUUUGCCUGUUGAGAGUUGCUUCUACAUUCUAAUUUAUUUUGACUCGUUUAACUGGCAGGAAGUACCCUCAAGGUAUUUGACAUCCACCGGCCUUGAAGCAGGAGAAGGAGAGAAGAGACACCUGCCUGCGGGGGUGAAGGGGCUCGCAGGACCUCUUCUCCAGGCCGCUCCCUCAGGAGCGACUCAAUGACGGCCUCCGUGUGACGGGACCCCAGCUCUCCUGGAGAGAACAAAGCCCCAGAGUCGUUUGGCCUACUUGAAUUUAUAAAUUUUUAGGGAUGUAAAUAGAAUACUCAAAUGUCUUAUAAUAUUUAAUUUAUUAAUUCAGUUAUACAUGCAUAUUGUAAAUCACAUACUACAUAGAAUAAUAUAUUAAUUUAGAAAAGCCGCCUGUUUUCCCUCACUCCGUUCCACAAGAUCAUUUUAUCCUAAAGCCUCACACGCAACUCUGACCUCACCAUCUUCCCCAACCUCGCAGCCCCCUCUUGAGUCAUCCAACAGUUUCAAAGCACAUCCAAUGGCUUCAACGCAUCCAAGCUGUGUGCCAUGUAGCACUGUGACAAUCCCUGCACAAAGCUCUCGCUAGAAGUUUCCUCCCAAGCCAUUAAGUACCUGGUCACAUAACAUUAGGACGAUUGUUGGUUUCUUCAAUUUGUCCUGUAGCCCUACAACAUAACCACUUGAUGUGUUUGCCUUUUCAAAUGACCUUUAAAAGACUUUUUUGAAGCAUCUAUAACUUGUCAUUGUGAGGUCAUACUCUUAGGAAUAAGUACUGAAUCUGGGUUACGUUUCUUUUGCAUCCAUUUUUCUUGAACCAGUUCAUUCCAGUGACUUCCACGUGUGUCCAAAACUAGCAUCGGUUGGGGUCUGUUCCAGGCUAAUAGGUCUUGUCCUCAAGCAGCACUGUUUUCUUCAGAAUUAAAUAGCUGAGGGCACCCCCGUAACAGGGACGUCUCCAGGACUCAAGUAUAAGGUGAUGCCUCUUGUUCGGGAAUGGUAGCCUCUCAUACAGAGCCAGCCCUCUGUUUCGAGCUCUGUAAAACAGGGGCGAUCCCAGGACUACCCCUAAGGUUAUCAUGGGAACUGUGAUGCCACGCCUGGCCCGAAGGCACACACUCAGUGAAGGUCAUCUCCUGUCAUCACCAUAAUUAUUGCCGUCAUCCUGUGACUCAUUAGUACCAGAACUGGGGAUGGACCCAGGCCUCCUGACUCCUAGUCUCAUCUUCUUUCUCUCGUGCAAUGACUUAAAUACUGUUCCUGUUUCCUUGCAUGCAAACCGUACGUUCAUCUCCUUUGACCAGUUAUCAAGUUACCUUUGGACAUAAUGACUUUAUACAGCAGUCCUUUCUACAUCGAUUGUGAUGGUCUCUUUUCCAGUUUUAUUGCUUUGCUCUUUGGAGCAGUUUUAUUACAUUUUUGUUGUGCGAGCUCUUAAUUUUUACAUACCUGGGCAUUCACUGUUGUCCAUGAAGCCGUAACUUUCAUUGCUUCAGUAGUUAGAUAUGAUGAUGUUUUUUUCUAGAAUUUUAAUUACAAGUGAAAAGUUGAAAGCCCUGCCCCACCAGAAGGUGGAUGCACCAGGUGGGCAGGCUGGAUGGGAACGGGCCCUAGAAGCAGGCUCUCUCCUCAUCCACGAUGCGGACUCUGCAUGUCUGUGGGCAGUACUUGACUAUCCAACCUGGCCACUCAGACACGCGAGAGAAACUUCCAUCUCGGAUGGCCAGAACAUUCUGACUGUUCCUCAGUAUAGCCCUACCUGGCAGCAGCAGGGCUGGGCCUCAACUAGAUCAAUGGGGCAGUCCAAACGUGGUCUUGGCCACAGCUGGCUGUCCUCCAAGCUCCUGGGAGCUUUGGCCAUGCCCAGCACGGAUUCAGUGCCUGAGCAGCAGACCCACCAGAGACACAUCUCCUCGAACACAAGAAGACUCACUUGACCGAUGCUGUCAUGUGGAUUGCAUCCUCCUCCUAGCGAGUGACUCUGGAACUAGAAAGAGGUCAGUUUGGUGGCUUUUGCUUUGGGCAACUAGGGGGAAAUUCACCCACGUGUUCUGAUGUUACCUCCCGCAGCCACACCCAAGGAGCAGCAGAGCAAAGGCUCGGAGAGGAAUGGCGCCCCUCCGAUGCCCGGUGUGGCCUGGUGAUAGAAGCUGGCCACCACAGGCCUGGGCUGUGACUUGCAGCAGCCAUGCCUGGGAGGGGUGACAAAAGAAGGGUUUGGAGGGCACCGAUGCCCUUCUGACGGCCUGUGUGGCAUAGAAAUAGAAGCUGGUCGUCCCGGGGCCAGGCUGUGACUUCGACAGUCUCCCCCAGGGGGAACAGCAGCAAGGGCUGGCCAGAAACCUGGCCCCCGGUGGCCUGCAGAACCCGCAGGUAGAAGCCAGCCAUGCUGGGGCUGGGGUGUGACUUCCCAGCAGCCGCGCUUGGGGGGGCCUCUCGAGGGCCCACAGAGGAAGCAUACGCUUCUGAGGGGCCCGCCAAGGCUGAGGCCGAGCUUCCUGGCAGGCACAUCUGGAAGAGCUCCUCAGGCCCCCAUCCUGGGAAGCAGGGUCCCAUGGCGACCCCUGUGACCUUAGCCAGAAGGUCCUCUGGAAUGGCCCCCUGGGCCACAACGGUGGCUCUCUGUGACGUCCCCAGCCUGACCCUCAGGCUGGAGAGAAGCCAACAGCACCUGUUACAUAGCAACUCCUUUUGCUCUGUGGGCUUCAGUUCUCGCAGUAGUUGUGAAACUGUGUCUGCCAUCACCGCUUCCUUCGGCAUCAGUUUUCUCUUUUCGAGCUGUCAGGACGUGUUUGACACCACUGUCAUUCGGGAAAGAAUUUGACAUUCACGGGGGGCAAGUCUGGCAGCUUUCACUGGGAGCGCUCUGCCAUUUCUUGCUUGUUCGCUAGCCAUAUGUCAGGUUUUAUGAAGGAUCCAGAUACAGUAUUAACUCAGAACCUAGCGUUGUUGUCACUGCUCCCUCUCUCCCAAGCCAGGACACGGCAUCUUGGCAUCCUGGCCGCCUGUCCUGCCCUCCUUGACUUUUUUCCAUUCCCCGUUCUAUAAUUUUCUCCCAAACCCUCUUCUAGAGUUAACACUAAAGACCGCAUCUUCUCUGUCACUGUGUUUGCGGGUGAAGUCUGUGCUCUCUCCGGCGCAAGCAGUGUGUGGCUUUAACGUGUGUCCUGUAGUUGUGCCAAGUUCAGUUUUUGCCUCUGGUAACUUGGGGGUGGAUUUCCUUGGCUUCUGUAGGUAUACUGCUACAUCAGAUGCAAAAUGUGAUCAAGCUUCCUAUUGUGUGGGCUCGUCUAUGCAUUUGUGUAUCUACCUCAUUUCAUUUUUUCUUUCUAAUCACCCGUAUUUCUUUUGCAAGGGAAAUGAAGAGCAGUUGGGUUACAUAGAAUGCCGACUCGCAUUAGAAAUAUAUCCUUUUCUUAUAUUCUGAAAGAAACCUUCCAUUGCUUUUAUUAAAGUUUUGAAUACUUGCUGAAAUUUUUAAAUGAAAGUUCCUGUUUACCAUUUUUGCUGCUUAUUAAGAUUAACUGUGUUGAUUAGUUGUGUCUUACCCACUUCUGCAUUUCCGGAAUGAGCCCCACCCAAUCACAGAGGGUACCUUUGUCUCACAGUGUUGGCAUUCCACGUGCUCUGGGCUUCAGCCCUGUUGUGUGCCCUGUGACCCUCACUCCCCUUCCCGGCCACACUAAUCAAACCAGAACUGAACACUUGACUCAAGGGCAGCACCUGGUCAUCAGAGCUGGCUGGCAACGACAGGCUGGGCCUUUCGGGUUCUCUGUGAAGUGCAAACAAGAAAAACGAGAGAGAAUCUUCUCGUUGGUAUUGGAAAGAAGAGGGAGCCACACAGCAUUUAGGGGAGUUGACCCGAUAGGUGGCACCAGCUUGAAGAUCCUGCUGAGCACUCCAGAGCUAUCUCCCUGAGGCAGUCCACGCCCCAUCAUGUUCUUGGAUUUCUGGCAACUGCCCUCACCAGUUCAUUUGUGUCCCCACCAGAGACUCCCUUGACCUGAGCCAGCCUGAUCGGGUCUCUGCUUUUUGCAAUCUGUCAAGAGUCAAUUGCCUUUUACCAGUUGGCUGCUUCCUGAGAAGAAUCAAUCACAUGGCUGGUUUCCCUCAUGUUCUACCCGACUCGAGUUCGUGGCCCGAGUCCCACCUGACUGUUGUAGACACCUGUUUAAAUGUGGUACUCUGUUCACUCAGAUGGGGAAAACCUAUGCCUUUUAGUCUCAAUGAGUUCGACCAAUGCCUCUGUCCGAGUGUUCCUGUACGGAUCCCAUGUGUGCCCCAUGAAAUGAGUUAAGUCAACACCCACCCUGUUCUUUAUUUUGGAAGUGUCUCGCUACUUCCAGAAAAUCUGUGAGAUUGGGGAAUUGAGAAUCUCUCUAUUACUAGUAUACUUACAUUCUGUACUUCUCCUCAUGGUAUCAGUUUAGCUGUUUACUUUGGAAACUAGAAAUGGUCUCUUUUAACUUGGCCUUUAAUGUUAUUUGCAUAUCUAAGAAGAGUAGCUGUGUCCGCCCCAGUCCACGGUUCAUUUGUUGGCGCUUUUUUCUCAUCCCUCCCUGAUCUCCUUAACUUGUCUGUUUUAUGGCACUUACUAUAAUCAGCCUUGCACUAGAGCUUCGCCCUCCCCACCCUCUCCCACCUGUUAGAUUGUGAGCUCUUAUAAGACAGGGGUGACCCUUCAUGUCUGAUUCCCCUACCAGAUCUAGCACAGUGCCUUGCAUCAAGUAGAUUUCAAUAAAUAUAUGUUAAAUGGCA